AUGUUUCGCAGCAGACGAGGGAGGAAGAAGGAGAAAAAGAUCGGAUCCUCGCUUCCUCGCACCCUCAGCCGUGAUUCAAUUCAUUCCGCCUCUUUUAGCCGUUCGCAAAGCAAAGACAGAAAACUAACAUGGCGAAUUUCGCGGCUUUUCCAGAAAGUCACACCCAUUGAGACCAAGCCACGGAUCUCCCGGCGCAAGGGCGCGCUCAGCAAACGCACCGCCUUCGUCCGCGAAAUCGUCAAGGAAGUCGCCGGCCUGGCACCCUACGAGCGCCGCGUCAUUGAAUUGUUGAGGAAUAGCAAGGACAAGCGUGCGAGGAAGUUGGCCAAGAAGCGGCUCGGUACAUUCGGACGUGCGAAGAGAAAGGUCGACGAACUGCAGCGCGUCAUCGCCGAGGCCAGAAGAACCGGCGGUCAUUAA